UGCAGUUUGCAAUGCAGUUUUGCACGAAUCAGAAAAGCGUCUCAUUUUUUUAGCUUUCCCCGCUCUUCCUCUUCUCCUCGCGGAGGGGAGAGAGAGAGAGAGAGCAGAGUAGAGCUUUCGUGUUGAACCAAAAGCAAAUUCUCUCUCUGUGCCUAGGGUUUCCGGUCACACCAUUGCCACGCUUCCUCGCUCCUCCCUUGCCUCCGGUUCUACCGACAUCAGGCGGAGAUCGACGUCUUCUCGCAGAUUGAUUCGAAUUCUCCGAGUACUCCAGCUUCUUUACGUAAUCUGGGGCUUUUUUAUAGGUUCUUCGUGGAUAAAAUCUUUGUACAGAUUGAGGAUGAAUUUUAUUAAGAGGAUCAGCAAAAAAGAAACAAAGGCAUUAUCAAGGGCCAACAAUUGUUGGAGUCAGCCUAUGUAAUGCAAUUUUUGUUUACAGAUACAGAUUACUUCUCUCAAUGGUAUGCUCUCUCGGAAGUGGGAGAAUGGCAGCCAUGGCAAGGCUUCUUGUGGCUGGGAGCUUCUCACAAACCAUGGCAGAUGAAGUUGGGCACCGGAAAUUAUCUGCUCAAUACAUAUGUAGAGAACUAUGCGAGGCAGUCGAAGCAAAUUUACUUGACGAAGAAGAUAUGCAUGUCUUUGGUUUGAAGCCUAUGGCUGAACCUUUGCAAUUGGUAUGUUGCAAUGCUUGCAAGAAGCCCAUCAAGGCCAGUCAAUAUGCGGCUCAUGCAGAAAUCUGUAGGUCACUAAAUUCUGUAGAAGAAACUACUUUGGAGUUUGAUGGCAGUGCUGUGAACAGGAAACUUCCAAAGAAGGAGAGAAAGAAGUUAUUAACUGCUUAUUCUAACCAAGCUACUCCUAUUGGGGGGAAAGAUAAGUCUGAAUCCGUGGAUGCUGAUAACUCUGCUGUAUCAGAAUCCCACUUGGACAAUCAAGCUGGAAUAGCUUCCUGUGCAAAAAGAAAUUCAGCCUGUAUGGAUGUGGCAUCUAUGACGGAUGUUUCAGGAGUUGGUCCCGGAAAUGAGGACAACCCAGCUUGUCUAAUGCCGCCUCCAGCAAAACGUUCUAAACCGUAUGCUUCUUUGUUCCAAUGGAUUGCAGCUGGUUGUCUACUUCUAUCAAGUGAUUCAGAAGCAGUAUCUGGUGUCAAAAAAAUCACAAGCACUGCAGAUGCAUUUCCCUUAUUUGACAAUAAAUCUUGUGGCGUAAUUCUAUCAGAUGCUCCAGUUCCUCUAGCUACAAAAAUAUACUACUCACAAAGAACUUAUCGUCACCGAACAGAACUUACUCAUCUUUAUUGUGAGGCAUCAACCAAGGAACUUUGCAGUGAUAUGGUGAGUUCAAAGAAUUUACGGGAAAACAUGAUUCCAUUGCAAGUUUCAACUCCAAGGGAGCCUUCAGGUGAACCAAUGGAGGACACGCUCACCAGGAAGCAGAGACAUACAUACACUUUGUCUUCUGUGCGAAGCCCUGAUCAAAUACUUGCACAAAGUUCAGAAGUAUGCUUGGGUAAAACUGGAGGAUUCCUCUCAACCAGCGACUUCCCCAAUCAGCAUCCUGUGGAUAAUGUUUUGAGGCCUGAGGCCAGUCCUGUUGGAUUGAGAAGCAAAUAUAUUUCAAAGCCUUAUUCUUUUGCAGGCAAUUCAGGAAAACCACUGGGGACCAUGCAGCAGCCAAAUGGAGGUGUUCCUGUUUUAUAGGGGUCCUGGUGGGGAUUUUUGCUCGCAAAGUUGUAAUUAACCCAAUACUCAGGUUAGGAAUUAGAAUAUUUUUUUGAAAUUGGUAAAGCAAAUCAUUCCAAUUGUUUAUUCCAGCCUUCUGCAUUAUACUUGAGAUCUCAGACCUAUGUUUAUAAUCAAUGAAAAUGAAGGAAAUUUUAUUUCUA